UAAGAUCACUCUAUGUAGUUUGAAAUCGGAGAGAGAAAGAGAGAGAGAGAGAGCGGCUUGGAUACAUAUAUUUACAUCUAUCACUGAAUCGGCGGAGUUAUUAGUCAGAAAUAAUCAAUAGUUUGCUCUUCUAAAUAAUUUUCAACCUGUUUUGUUCUGCGUUCCAAUCUCACUGGAAUCCAAUUUCUUCCUCCUUUCUGUGACCGGCCAUCUACUAUGGUGACCGAAUCUAUCGAUUACAUCCCUUCACCACACAAAAUAAAAGACUCAUUAUUGAUAUUAUAAAUCUUUCUUAUAAAUUCAGAAGCUUUACAAGCCUAUGUAAAAACAUUAUAUAGGUGUGGGAUCGUACUUUUAGAAAUCUGUUCCCAACGAUUCGUGUCGGUAUUUCAGUUGCAAUUUCCGCUUGUAGCUAUUUCUUGCUCAUACUCUUGAUCGAAGCAAUGUGCAUCGUGUUUAAAAUAUACCUACAGAGGUUGUGUGUAUAUAUAUGCAUCUCCGAUAGAUUCAAACACAGCAUGCCUCAUUAUUCCACUACUUGAUUCAAUUUACAUAUGACUCAGUGUUUUCUGUUUUUAUUUAGAGGCAGCAGCAUUUCCAUGAGUAAAAAAAAAAUCUACAUAAGCAUUUCUUUCCGAUAUAGCCCGAUGUAUCGAUGACAGUGAUUAUUACACAUUAGCCUAUACGUGGGAUAAAUAAAUAAAUAAAUAACAGCUGUAGGUGCCGAACUAAUUCUUGUAAGAUGUUUCUAUGCAGGGAAACAAAAAGGAAAGCAGAUAUGCAACGAAAACAAAAGAAACCAAUUCUACCAAAAAUCAGUCGAUUGGAAUAGCUGUUUAUUUAUUUAUUUUUCCGAAAAACAGUAAAUGAGGUAGUGGUGGGUUAGUGUUGGGUUGAGAAACACGACAUCGACUGGCAGUUUAUCACAUGUCUCGUUGACACUCACACUGUUGCUGAGUUCUUACCGCUGCUUGUUGGCUCUGUUUGGUGGCUUUCUAGUGUAGCAGAUCACUUAAAGGCCGUAAUACGUUGAAUAAACCCCUCUAUCUUACUAUUGGAUAGCAAAUGUCGGCACUAACCGGAGAAAACCCCUAUCGUAAGCAAUGUCGAUCAAGUGGCUGUCAUGAAUCCAGGAAGUCUACCUCUUCUUAUGUCCACUGUCCUGCAGCCCAUUUUCAGUAAAUUUUCUAUUACCAACACUUCAUCACUUGCUACAGAGAAAGUAAACAACAGUUAAUGGUGGCCAUGUAUCUAUUACGCCGUAUCCUACAUAUGGACAAUUACAAGUCAAGACAGGGAGCUGAUACCGAGUGUAGUAAGCUAACACUCCGGUUUGGCAAGAAGGGCCGAGGUCGUAACUGCUUCAAUAUGCCCUGCGGAAUUGCUGUAACAAAAUCUGGAGACAUUGUUGUGGCUGACUCUGAAAACCACAGGGUACAAAUAUUUACAAGUGAAGGGAUCCUAAAAGUAAAAUUUGGAAGCAAAGGAAUAAGACCUGAUCAAAUUAACUACCCAAUGUGUUUGGCAAUGACAAAUGAAGAAAACAUUGCUGUAACAGACAGUGUGAAUGCUUGCAUCAAAAUUUUCACUCAAGAGGGCAACUUAGUCCAAGUAUGUGGUAGCAGCAAGUUCUUUGAGUUCCCAUAUGGUCUUGCUAUCAGUCCUGAUGGAGACUUUGUUGUCACAGACAUCUGCAAACAUUGUGUUACUGUGAUGACCAAAAAUGGUGAGUUCAGUCACAGUUUUGGCUCUUAUGGAGACAGUCCACGAGAUUUUGACCAUCCUUAUUUUGUUACAGUCAACAAGCAAAAACAGAUCUUGGUGAGUGACUCGGGAAAUAGUUGUAUAAAAUUAUUUCGAUUUGAUGGUCAUCUGCUUAGAAGUUUCACUUUACAAGACUUUCAUUUGUCAGUUGAAUGCUAUGCAAACCUACAGGGAAUGUGUUCAGAUGCUGAUGGCAACACAUUAGUUAUCUGUAACAGUACAAUCUAUAUCUUGGCCAAGAAUGGACGCUUAUGGGAAGUAAUUACACCAAAAGAUGGUCUGACUACACCAAAAUGUGUGAGUUAUUGUAAUAAUGGUUUUCUUGCAGUCACUCAAUCUGGUUAUAAUGAAAUCCAUGAAGUUUGCCUUUUCGAUUACAACAAAGAUGAUUACAAAUCUUUAAACACACUGCUGUAUUAUGCUAUCGAUAUUUGAACAUAACAUUACACAUUGACAAUAAUUUUAACAUGCUUCUUCUUUUUCUUCUUCUUUUAAAUUAUUCUUACUAUUAUUUUUAUUUUUCAUAUGUAAAUCAAAAUUGUUUGUUCCAUUAAGGAAGAAAAACAAGUGGUUUGUGUGUGUGAAUGUGUGUAUGUAUGCAUGUGUGUGUAAAUGCGUGUAUGUGUGUGUACAUGUUUUAUAUAUAUAUAUAUAUAUAUAUAUAUACACACACACACACACACACACAUAUACAUUAUAUCUCCAUUUAUAUUGAGAAUUGGAAGCAAUGAAUUUUUUUUUUUUAAAUCAACUGACAUGCAAUUCAAUAUCAGUUAUGAGUUGUUUUGUUUGAUUUUGUUUGAUUUUUGUUCACUUUUUAUAUAUUGAGUUUUAUUUUUUAAAAAUCCAUGUAAAUAAAUGGAUAUAUAUAUACCAACAAUUUAUAAUGUUUAUGUAUAUUUCUGUAAGAAAAUGUAUUUAUCAUAUGUUAAUUUUUAUUCCUGAUAUUUUUUUGUAGAAAAGUAUCAGUUUCAUAUUUUUCAAAAAUGUUAUAAAUUUGUUUAUUUUAGAAAAAUAUAUAAAUAAAAGUUUAUAUUUUGUAUAUUAUACUUGAUUUAAAGAGAAACCAAACUAAAAUGUGUGUAUGAAUGGAAUUGUAUACGUCUAAGAUUGUGUUGUUUUUCGAGUGUAUAUAUGUUUGUGUGGUGUACAUAUAGCACAUUUGUGUUUCUAUAUAUACAUACAUGCACCCACAUAUAUACAUGUGUGAUAUAUAUAUAUAUAUAUAUAUAUAUAUACAUACACACACACACACAUACAUAACGCUCUCACACCUACACACAUAAAUACAUGUGUUUAUAUAUAUAUGUAUGUAUACAUCAUCAUCAUCAUCGUUUAACGUCCGCUUUCCAUGCUAGCAUGGGUUGGACGAUUUGACUGAGGACUGGUGAAACCGGAUGGCAACACCAGGCUCCAAUCUGAUUUGGCAGAGUUUCUACAGCUGGAUGCCCUUCCUAACGCCAACCACUCAGAGAGUGUAGUGGGUGCUUUUACGUGUCACCCGCACGAAAACGGCCACGCUCGAAAUGGUGUCUUUUAUGUGCCACCCGCACAAGCCAGUCCAGGGGCACUGGCAACGAUCUCGCUCGAAAAUCCUACAGGAGCCAGUCAGGCGAGUUUGUGCAUGUAUGUGAGUAUCACAUGCUGAUAGCAAAAGCUAAAGAUAAACUUGAUAGGUUGAAUUCAUCAAAAUUUAAUUAAAUUUAAAGUUCUUUGAGAUGACAAUUGUUUGAUAUCAGUGUGAUAGUUUUAAAAUAAUUACAUAUAUUGAUACAAAAUAUAUAGGUCAAAAGUUUAAAGAAUAAAAUUAUAUGUAUGUAUGAAUGUGUGUGUGUACAUAUGAAUCUGAAUGAAAACUUCACUUACCAUUAUCAAUAGUAUCACAUUUGCAAUCUUCAGACAAUUGUGGAAGUCUGUAUAUUUUCAUAGGAAAUGUAAUUUUUCAUGUGAAGGAAUAUAUAAAGCUUUUCUUGUUUCAUCUAAAGAUUGAAAAUAUGAAACUAUUUGUCAUGGUUAGUGAAAUAAAUAAAAUUCUACAUCAUUUUAUUACUUUGUAUUUGAUACUCUUUUUUUGCCUCGUUUGCACAACAUUAUUUAAAUUUUUUUUUCUCAAAACAUACAUAAGUACCUGUAUAUUCUAUAGGUGUAGCUGUGUGGUAAGAAAUUUCCUUCCCCACCACAUGGUUCCAAGUUCAGUCUCACUGCAUAGCUCCUUGGGCAGUAUCUUCUACUAUAAUGUACAACCUCAAGCCAACCAAAUCCUCGAUAGUGGAUUUGGUAGACAGAAACUGAAAGAGGCCUAUUUUGUGUGUGUGUGUGUGUGUGUGUGUGUAGAGUUGCCAUAUUUCAUUCCAUAAUGGCAACCUCUGAAGAGCAAAGGGUUACAUAAUCGGACAGAUACUUAGCACUCCGUUGAACUCCUAGUGCAAAACUGAUUGGUACGAUCAGCCAUAAUGUAUACAUAAUACUGUACACUUCAAUUGAUAUAUAUAUACAUAUAUUAACUUUAACAAGGAAAAGAUUGACAGUGACUUUGAAAUUUUGACUGUCUUGCUUGCCUUAUGAGCAAGCCAACACUUUGAAAUCGCUGUCAAUUUUUUCCUUAUAAAAGUUAAUAAACAUGCAUACACAUAUAUAUAUAUAUAUAUAUAUAUAUAUCAUUGCCUUCUUAAUAUACACAUACUUAGUGAUGUGCCAAGCUACCUUAAUGAAUUUCAAUGUAGAAGCCACACUAAGCCUCUAUGUUUGUCUAAUGCAUUGUAUUGGUUGGGAUAAUUAUGGAGUCAGGCUAUUUUGUUAUAAGAACAAUUUAUUACAGGUGGUUUAAUAUUUAUUUACAGCUCACCGUCAUCAGAUAAAAAACAUCAAAAUAUAAAAUCAAUUGCAAGCAUGGAAAAGAUGUGUAUGUAUUUAAUAUAUAUAUAUAUGCCAGCAUGGACGAUGGGCAUUAAAUGAUGAUGAUAUCCACAUAGAUACAUGCAUAUAUAUGAUAUAUAUUGGCUUACCAUUUUUAUAAAUAUUCUUUCUUCAAUUCAUAUUAAGUACUCAUCUCUCAUUGCUUCAUACUAUUUACAAAUACAAUAUAGUAUUAUGUGAAUGGUUAUAAGGAUAGGUAUCUAAUAAUUAAUUCAACUGAUCACAACAAUUAGUUUACCAAUUUGUAUAACAAGAUAUUAAUGCUGAAUGUAGAGCAAUAAGUGCUGUAGGCUGGAGUUAUCUUGAAGAGUGUCAAGAAGUAAUGAAAGAAAACAAUAGUAGAAAAUAAUUUAUCCACAAAUAGAUUCUUAAAUAAUUGAAAAAUUUAAAUAUACAUAAUCAACAAAACAACUGAUAAGAUUAAUUAUAUAAGAUAUCUGAUUUUACAAUACAUGUGUAUGUGUGUGUGUAUAUAUAUAUAUUAGAAAAAAUAAUAAGGUACUCAGAUAUCUGGAUGAUUGUACAUUUACAGAUGUUUAUUAAUAUGUCACGUUUUUAUAAAUCAUAUAUUAAGAAAAAUAAAAUCUGGAGAGUCUACUAGAAUAGAUGCAAACGCUAAUAUAUGAUUUAUAAAAAUCUGUAAAUGUACAACCAUCCAGAUAUCUGAGUACCUUAUUAUUUUUUCUAAUAUGUAAUUCCUGAACAUCACCUCCAAACCUUCUAAUAUAUAUAUAUAUAUAUAUGUACAGGGUGCGGUGAAUAAAUUGUCUAAAUUACGCAGAAAUGAAAAUAACACUGACAUCUCAUUUUAACAGAUAUAUUUCCCAAAAUUAUAUAAAAAUAUCUCGAAAUACUAAAGAGUAAAUUUAUUCAAUAAAAUCGCCAUUGGCUUCAGCCACCAGACGACUUCGGAAUCUCCUGCAACUCUUCUGGGUGGUCUGCUUCUUUAAUUUGGUAAAUACUGCCAUUUUCCUUGCCUUCUGUUCAUCUUUGGUAUUACAAGGAGUUUUGUUGGUCUCUCACUCAACUGCGCCUCACACAUAAUGAUCAAGAGGAUUGCAGUCUUGGGAGUUAGGUGGCCAUAUUGUUAGGGAUGAUGUAGUCACAGAAAUUGUCUGACUGCCAUGGCUGGGUUCUCCUGCUUGUGUGACAUAGUGCAGAGUCCUGUUGCCAGACGUAGGGUCUCACAGCAGCCACCCUCUUGACCCAGGGCAGCAUUACCACCUCCAGGCACUUGAUGUAGGCUUCUGUGUUGAGUCUCAGGCCAUGUGGGAAGACGAAUGGAGGCAUAACGUCAUCAUCACUAGUGAUCACUCCAAACACCAUGAUGUUGACUGGAUAUUUGAUUUUUAUCAUUCUCAGUACCUGUCCUCAGAUUGACAUCCAAACUUUCUGAAAUGUUUGUAUUGGAGCUUCUGGCACGAAUGCCAUGCAAUACAGCAUGUCAUUUCUAAAUUUAUGGCAGACUGAAUUGUAUCAUGGUGUUGUUUUUCUCACAGACAGUGCCAAACUGACCCUACUAUACUGUGUAGUUGACAAAAUCAAAAACAAACAAUGUGCAUGUGUAAACUUAAAAAUAUAAAAUGGCGACAAUUUACCCAUUGUGCCAUAUAUAUAUAUAUAUAUAUAUAUAUAUAUAUACACAUUUCAUUUCAUUUGUUUAAUGUCUGUUUAUUCCAUGCUAGCAUGUUGUUAGAUGGUAAGUUUAUAUGUGGCUGGAUUUUACAGCCAGACACUUUUUCUGUUGCCAAACCUUACCAGUCUUUCAGGUGAAGAUUUUUCUGUAUUUUUACUUCAGAUGUCUUCAAAACAAUUGAAUGAUGAAUCAUGAAUGUUAGGAUCAUCACCAUUUCUCUCAAGCAGUAACAAGCUUGUCAUAUCAAUAUUCACAAACAUUCAUUCAUACAGAGACACACAUGCACAGAUAUAUAAUGUAUAUAUAUAUAUAUAUAUAUAUAUAUGUAUAUAUGUAUGUAUAAUACAAUCCUUUUUAAACAGUAAUGUUACUUGAUGGUAAUAGAAGCCACUUAAUAAAUUAUAAAUGGAAACUAAAUUUAGGCAAAUGUUUAAACUAAAACGAAAAUGCUUUUAAAAAUCUGUAAAUUGAAAAUAUCCUUCUUGACAUAAUUUACUUUCAUUUCACUAACAUGAUAGCAUGGAAUUUUGGGAUAUUUUCUUGUUGUAUGUUGACUGACAAUGAUUAAUGACUAUCUGUUCUUAAUGCAGUAGGUACACUAAGUGACAAAAAUAUAUAUGUAUAUCUAUCAUCAUCAUCAUCGUUUAACGUCUGCUUUCCAUGCUGGCAUGAGUUGGACGGUUUGACUGAGGACUGAUGAGCCAGAUCGCUGCACCAGGCUCCAAUCUGAUCUGGCAGAAUUUCUACAGCUGGAUGCCCUUCCUAACGCCAACCACUCCGAGAGUGUAGUGGGUGUUUUUACGUGCCACCGGCAUGAGGGCCAGUC